AUGCCCGAAAAGAACGCUGCCGCUCACGACCAAGGAAACCUCGCCGGCUCCAUCGCCGGCUCCGUCGCCGGCGCUGACCUGGGCAACAAGCUGCACCUCGGUGCCAUCGGCGGCAUCGCGAGCAGCGUGCUGGGCUCAGGCCAGGGCAGCAAGCUCGAGAACAAGCUGAAGGAGAAGAUGGACAAGAAAUAA